GGAAGGUAAAUCGAUAUCGACACCGAUAGUACAUCAAUGUUUUUGCAGUGGUUUUUCGGCUGUUUAUAAAUUGUAUUUCUAAUUAUGGCGGACCAGCUAAACAAUGAGGGCGGCCAGCCCACCCCGCUGAUGUCUAUACGGUUCGACCAGCAGCAGCCUGAAAAUGCGGCGGCGGCGGCAGCGGCAGCAGCCAAUGGGAAUGGGAAUGGAAGUGCCCCCGGCGAAGCCGCCGAGGACAAUAAUGAGGAUGCUGAGAAAUCUGCCGCCGAACUGGUGCUGCCCAAGGCCCUGGAGGACGUACUAGCGUUAAAGGAUCAACGGGCGGCCGAGUUCACUGUCGACGGCGAUUCGCAGGGCGGCAGCGGCGGAGGCGCCACGCAGGAUGGCGAGGAUGCCGAUGUGGGAGAAGAUAGCGAUGAUGAUGCGGAGAACCAUGUGAAUGGUGGUGGUGGGGAAAAGCCUGGUAAGCAGAGCAAGGCGGAGAAGAACAAAAAGAAGAAGAAGCGCAAGAAGCAGAACAAGAAGGUUCGACAGCAGCUGGAGUAUGAGCGCCAGCAGCAGUUGGCCCAGUUGGCGGAUGAGCAGGAAGCCGCUGAGCAGCAGAACGAAGAGGCCAAAGCCCCAGGCAGCGAAGAUGAACAGCCGGCGGAGAAGGACAAGGACAAGCACAAAGACAAUCGCAGCAGGAAAAAGAAGGAUCGCCAUGAAGAGAAAGAAAAGGACAAAAAGACGGCGGAUGCUGCCGAAGAUGAUGUGACCAUCGAAUAUGUCCCCGAAAAGAUCACCAUUGCCGAUCUGGCACCCAUGUAUCGGCAGUUCUACCGAGUCUUCGAAAUCUUUAAGCUCGAGAACAAGCCGAAGCCUGCGGAAAAGGAUAAAACUUCCCAGGACUCCGAUACCCAGGCAAAGGACAAAAAAGCCGCCGACAAACUCAACGAUGACGAGGAUGAUGACGUCGACGAGGACGAAGAACACAAGGACGACAAGGAGAAGCUGUCCAAGCGAAAGCUUAAGAAACUGACCCGCCUGAGUGUGGCAGAGUUGAAGCAGUUGGUUUCGCGACCCGAUGUCGUUGAGAUGCACGACGUAACGGCACGGGAUCCCAAGUUGCUGGUCCAGCUGAAGGCCUAUAGGAACACAGUGCAAGUGCCCCGUCAUUGGUGCUUCAAGCGCAAGUAUCUGCAGGGCAAGAGGGGUAUCGAGAAGCCACCAUUCGAUUUGCCCGCAUUCAUCAAGAAGACUGGGAUCAUGGAGAUGCGCGAGUCGCUGCAAGAGCGCGAGGAUGCCAAGACCCUCAAGGCCAAGAUGCGUGAACGCGUCCGUCCCAAGAUGGGCAAGAUCGAUAUUGACUACCAAAAGCUACACGACGCCUUCUUCAAGUGGCAGACCAAGCCGCGCAUGACUAUCCACGGCGAUCUCUACUACGAGGGCAAGGAGUUCGAGACCCGCCUCAAGGAAAAGAAGCCAGGAGAUCUUUCCGAAGAGCUGCGCAUCGCCCUCGGCAUGCCCGUGGGCCCCAACUCGCACAAGAUUCCGCCUCCGUGGCUGAUUGCCCAACAGCGCUAUGGGCCGCCGCCUUCUUAUCCGAAUCUAAAAAUUCCCGGCUUAAAUGCUCCCAUCCCGGAGGGCACCUCGUUCGGUUAUCAUGCCGGUGGCUGGGGCAAGCCGCCAGUGGAUGAGAACGGAAAGCCGCUAUACGGCGAUGUGUUUGGAACCAACAUAUUGGACUUGGACAAUGGCAUCGAUGAGGCUGACAUCGAGCGCAAUCAAUGGGGCGAGCUGGAAUCCGAGUCGGAAGAGUCUUCCGAAGAGGAGGAGGAGGACGGCGAGGAUCUCGGCGAUCAGCAGGAUGAAACCGGCUUGGUCACGCCUGUUGAGGGCCUCGUUACACCCUCAGGGCUUACCAGCGUCCCUGCUGGCAUGGAAACCCCCGAGAACAUUGAGCUGCGCAAGAAGAAAAUCGAAGCCGAGAUGGAGGACAAUGAAACCCCAGUUCUGUACCAAGUUUUGCCUGAGAAGCGCACGGACCGCAUAGGCGCCUCCAUGAUGGGCUCUACGCAUGUCUACGAUGUCAGCGGCGGCGGUGCGGCCAACAAGCAGCCACCAGUUCGGUCCACCACAGAUCGUGAGGGCAUUGUGGAACUGGCGCUAGAUCCCAGCGAAUUGGACAUGGACAACGAUGCUAUGGCCCAGCGUUAUGAGCAACAGAUGCGGGAGCAGCAGAAUCACCUGCAAAAGGAAGAUCUGUCCGAUAUGUUGGCCGAACAUGUGGCCCGUCAAAAAUCAAAACGCAAGCGACAACAAACGGAUCCGGCCAAGACCACAAAGAAGUACAAGGAGUUCAAGUUUUAGUCUUACGUCAAGAAAGAAACUAAUUUUCCAAUUUUGUGCGUUUUAAGUCGAGAAUGUCAUUAAACAUAGUAAAAAAAAUCAUGUCUAGGUUCGUUUUUUUAUAAGAACAGAAACAGAAAAAGUGUCCUGAAGACCGAUUUAUGGAUUGAUGUUUCAACACUGCGUUGCAUCCGUAUUUUGUUCUGGCUAAAAUUAUAUUAUACCCUCGCAAAUCAUUGAGUGAAAAACAGAUUUUGGUUUACUUAACACUUAGUUUUAUAUUUAGAUGUCAGCUCCAAUUGAAUAUGCCAAUGCAUCAAUCGAUACAGAUCUGUAUGUACUUAUGUAAAUUCUCUUUCAUUUAUUAUACUGCAGAGACUCAAAAUCCUGUUCCUUUUUAUAAUUUAAAACUGACUUUUUAGCUUUAAUUCUCAUUUACACGAUUGAACUUAUAGAAACUAAGAAAUUACAUUAGAGUUUUGCUGCGCGGCUUGUGCCAGGCCAGGGGUGGAUCUUAACAUGGCUAGGCGGAGUGGCUAAGCAGUGGACUUUUCGGGGCUGCUGAGUACUGAGGUGACCCGCUGCUGAUGCUGCCUCUGCUGGCUUAUUUAUCUCUUUUAGCUGGAGCUGGAGGG